GCCGGGUAGACCAGUGCUAGCCACAGAGCUGGCAGCAGGUGCACUCCACUCAACAUGAUGUUCAAGGUGGUGGUGAUGGUGGUGGCGGUGGUGUGGAUGGUCCAUGCCACAGAAGUUAACACAGCAGAUACGACUGAGACACCAGUGACUCUCGCAAAAGAGACUGGAGAGAAGUUGACUGUGGAAGCGGAGACUGGAGAGCCGGUGACUGGUACAUCAGAGACUGAGACGCCUGCUGAAGAACCAGAGGAAGAAUCAAAGCGGGACAAGAGGCAGUUCUUUCCUUUCUACGAUCCCUUUUAUGGCGGUCCUGCCUACUGGCCUCCUCCUUAUCCUGGGUGGCGCAGACAGCAGUUUAAUGGGAGACUACGCAGUGGUAUGGAUCUGCCAGAUGUUGUGGACACUUCGAGUUUUCUAAGCAGCGCACCACGCGCUGAUCCCUACCUCUACAGGCCCGGAUGGUACCCAUAUUAUUUCCAAUCCAGACCUCCAACCCCAUACUAUGCUCCAGACUUUCAUUAUGGACAAGACUGUGUUUACCCAUUCCCUCAUAGUCAUUGCAGGGUCACCAACACAGCUUGGAGCUCCUGGGAGUGGAAGACAGGACAUACCUUCUGGAGCAGCAACACAACCUGGAUCUCCAGCAUUUGGAGGGCAGGGGAUACCUUCUGGACCAGCAACACAACCCGGAUCUCCAGCAUUUGGAGGACAAGGGAUACCUUCCGGACCAGCAACACAACCUGCAUCUCCAGCAUUUGGAGGACAGGGAAUACCUUCUGGACCAGCAACACAACCCGGAUCUCCAGCAUUUGGAGGACAGGGAUACCUUCUGGACCAGCAACACAACCCGGAUCUCCAGCAUUUGGAGGGCAGGGGAUACCUUCCAGACCAGCAACACAACCUGGAUCUCCAGCAUUUGGAGACAGGGGAUACCUUCGGGACCAGCAGCACAACCUGGAUCUCCAGUACUUGUAGGACAAGCCAUGCCUUCGGAUUCCACCUUCCCGUCCGACUUUUCAUUCAUACACAGAGACACAGGAACCGUUCCAGACUCCCAACCUGGAGCAUCUUCUUUCGCAGGUUCCUUCCCGAGUCACCCUCCUGGACCAGCAGAAUUUGGACCUGGACAAGACAGCUUCCAGGACAGUAGUCACCCUGCUGUAGGAACCCAAUUUGGAGGUGAAGUUAGCACCUUUGGAACAGGACCUGGGGCAUCACCCACUGGUUCAUUUGGCGAACCAGGCAUGGGCGCAGGAGGUGGUUCAUUUGGUCCAGGAAGUAGUUCAUUUGGCGAACCAGGUAUGGGCCCAGGAAGUGGUUCCUUUGGCGAUCCA